UAGUGAAGUGUGUUUUAUAGACAAUAUCCAAAUGUACUGCCAUGUUAUGAACAUUAAUAUCAAGAAAGUGUAAUCAUAUUCAGAGAAUUAUUUUAUAUAAGAUGAUUUUAAGAAUAUAUAUCAUUUUACUGGUUGGUCAGAGUUUACAUCAAGUUAUAUCUGAUCAGCUUAUUCUAGGAGUCUCACCAGAUGAAGAAAGAUGUAACUAUUUGAUUCUCACCUGUUUAAGUUCACGUGGUUUUAGACGAACCAAUGUGGAGAUUAUAUCAUGGUUUAGAAAUGAUAGUUGGUUUGGGAAUACUAACUUAAAGACUCACUGUGUUUACGAUACCUGGAUGACUAUGAAUAACUAUGAAUGUAAAUCUACACAACAUGAAAUAGUUAUUAAAUCUGUAGAGAAAGAAAUUGGUACAGAAUGGAAAUGUCAAGAAUAUGCGACCCAACGAAGCUUUGCAACGUCAAGAAUUACAUCUGAAUCGGUUAAAACUGCUUAUCAAGAAAUUGAACUCCUAUCUAACUCUCAGAAUAUUACUGUAAAUUCUGGUGAACCAGUGCAACUAGCCUCGAAAUUUCGGCUAUACGGCCAUUACAAUAACAUUACCUGUGUCAGACGGUUAUUUUGGUCAAUGACAGCAGAAAGACAUGCCGGUAGUACAUAUAAUAUUACAGAUAAAGUACUAACCGUUACACAACAUAUAGAUGUGGUAACAGAAAGAGAUUUUGGGCUCUACUAUUGUCAAGUUUGUAGUAAAUGUGUCUGUCGUACCUCUCAACAAAUUGGAUUGAUAGUUAAACCAUUUAUUGCCACAGCCAGCACCACCACCAUCACCUCGAAUGUUAUAGAAGAAUCGUCUGAGGGUUCUGUGGGAAUCAGCACCAUAGCUGUGAUUAGUAUCACCACCCCUUCCUCAAAUAUUUCAGAAGAAUCUUCAGAUGGUUCUGUGGGAAUGAGCACUACAGUUAUAGUUGGUGUUGCUUGUGGUGGAACAGCUGUCUUGAUAGUACUCAUACUACUUGUGGUUCUGGUAGUCAAACGGAACAGAACACAUACCCAGGAGAAGAAAAUGGCGGCAAUGACAGACAGAAUUCGACCAACAGGAGGAUCCUCUUCUUCUGUAAAUGAAGAUCCCACUCGGUUCAUUGAGGAAUGGAACAAUCCGGUGUACAACAUGGACCAGUUUUCACAAAGCAAUGCACCAAUGGGCGCUGGCGUUACUGACAAAGACGAUUCAAACUCAGGAAAUGUGUACGCCAAGGUUAUUAAGAAACGUCCAUUUACGCCGCAACAAAACAAUGACGUUUACAGUCAAGUUAAUAAAAUAACUAAACCAAAACAAAAAGCACAAAUUAAUGAUAUAUAUAGCACUGUACAGAAACACAGAAAUGGAAGAGAUUAGUUUGUUGUCAAAGAGGCGAUUGCACAUACAUAUAUCCAGUAUCCCGAUUAAGACCGGACCAAACAAAAUAAAGAUCCGAUUUAAAUGUAUUAAAUUAUACUCUAGAAUAUUAUCAUAUUUCUCUAUCUAAUUUAAUAUGUUUAUUAUAAAGUUUUAGUUUUGUGUAGAUUAUACCCAAUUUUAGAUCGAUACUAUUAUUUGUUCAAUUUGUAAAUAUAUCUAUAUAUAUACUAUU